UUUCUGUAUUAAAAUAAGCCAUAAGCCUGCUUACUUUGUAAUUAAGUACAACUGUACAAAACCAGGGGGGAAGGAGAAGGAUCAUAGCUGGUUUUUAAUGAACGGUAAUUUGGUUCCCAUUUCCCUCCCGCUGUUUUUUAUCUUAUGGGUCCACACGUGCUAAUCUAAUCCUCCGCGACGAUGACGCCCCCCAACUCCUUUAUAUAUGAAGCUUCCUUGCUCUUUCUCAGACAGCUCUCAUCCCCCACCAUUCCUCUCUCUCUCUCUCUCUCUCUCUCUCUCUGGUUUCUUUUUCGGUUUUUCCAUUUCCGUCGAUAAUACAACUUAAAAAAAUGUCCAAAGGUGGUAGACUGACGAAGCUGAAAUCAGUGAUAAAGAGAUGGCACUCCAUGAGCAGCAGCAAUAGCAGGCUAAGUCGCGCCAAUGUCACCUCCAUCGUCGCCGCUAAUCCCUCCGACAGCUCCGUUCUCUCACCCGAGAAAAUCACCCCUGAAGGAGGGCUUCGACCCGUCUACGUAGGAAAGUCUCGGCGGCGGUACCUUGUCAGCUCCGACCUCAUUGAUCAUCCACUCUUCCAGGAGCUCGUGGACAGAUCAUCAGCCGAGUCGGACUCCAUCAGGGUGGGCUGCGAGGUCGUAUUGUUCGAGCACCUGCUUUGGAUGCUCCAGAACGCUGACCCACAGCCGGAAUCGUUGGAGGAGCUGGUCGAAUUCUAUGCUUGUUGAUGUGGCAGAAUCAGAGUCCAGCCGACGAGUCCACCCUAUCCCUAAUUCCCUAUGAAUAACCCCCCCUCCCGAGGCAUCUCUCAUAUAUUCGAUCGAAUUUCUCCGCAGUUCCACCCUCCCAGUCCCGGGGACAGUAAAAAGUUGUAAAUUCUGUUAUGUUCAUUAAUCGGAGGUAAUGAUGCACUAGUGUAGUGGUAGGAUAUUAAUUAGAGAAGUAGAUAUUGUGUAGUCUGAAAGGAUGAAGACGGAUUAACCCAAUUCAUUUCUCAUCAGCUAAAUCUGAUCGGGGAUUGUUAUUAUUCAUGUUGUUAUGCCAACAGGUUGAGAAGAUGUGAUGUGAUGUUUCAUUGUUUCUUAUUACAUGUUCAAUGACAGACAAUCUUAGCUCUC